GCGGCAACCUACUGUGUAGUCCUUCAUCAUCUUGACGGCUCGUAAACAGCAGCAUCACCAAGCUGCAUCCGACAGAGCCUUUCACCACACGACCUGCCGUUGUGCCAAACUCAAAUCCCAGGCUACGCUUUAAAAAAGAGGUCAUAGUCGUCCCUUCGAGACCCCGUCCCCUCCAAGCCAAUCGACCCGAGAGAGCUCGCCGCUCUAGAUAUUCGGACUCGAAUCUUCUUCCUCCACCCUCGACGACAACCAUCUCCAACAAAACCACUACUUGCCGUCGCUUAAACGAUCACCAUGGGCGGCGAUGUUCCCUCAACGUUCGGGAGUACCAGCAGCAGUAGCAGCAGCAGCAGCAGCAGCAGUAAUGGUCAAACAGACAAGCAAGUAGAGCGCUUGCCGAUGCCCUCCAGGAACCCUCUGCCUCUCUCGGCGUCACAGGAGGCCCAAGUCCGAGAUAUCUUUUACGCCAGGGUCAGAAGGCAAUGUACUGAGGAAAUCAAAGCCUUCGCCGAAUGCGCCCUAGGCCGCACCUUCUCCGUCCCCUUCGCCUGCCGCGCACCCCACCGGGUCAUGAACAACUGCAUGAAGUUGCACGCCACGCCCGCCGAGCAGGACGCCGCGCGCGAGGAGUGGUUUGCUUUACGUAUGGAGCGCGCCAAGGAGCGCGAGCGCAAAGCCAGGCGCAAGGCCGAGCAAGAGGCCUUUUUGCGCGAGUGGUGGGGUUUGCCCGAGAAGGACCGUGAGGAGGCGCGCAGGGAACUCGAGAAAUUAAACCAGAAGGAGAGAGUGGGUGGGUAUGUGGGGAACAAUCGCCUGAGAGAUGCUAAUGAGGCGGCGGCGAAGAAGAGCAAGUUAUUGGAGCAGGCGAGGCUGGAGAGGGAUGGGAUUGAUCGGGAUUUGCAUACGUGAGGCGGCUUUCGUUGGGGGAGAACAGACGGGGGGAGGGAAGGGAAAGAGCAAGAAAGAGAAAAAGAGAGGGGGAGAGGGAGGGAAGGGGUUCCGAUGAGGACAGCGAGAUGGAAAGUCUUACGGGGGAAGAAGCGAAGCGCGGGGGAAAGACAAUCUUGCGCCCUUGACUACGACUCGCCAGAACAAUAAGAAAGACAAACUUGAGGUGCGGUGGUCCGGGGUUGGAUUGGGUGCCGCAAGGCUCUGAGGCUGUUGCGCCGAGUUUUACUUCCGGUCAAGAUUCGAAUUCCGCCUUUCGAACGCCAAUCACUCUCGACCCUUUCUGACAGUUCCGCGGGUUUUGUUUGAUGGAAACUCUACGAGGCUAGCCUCGUAGCUGUGCUGUUGAAGAGGAAGGUGCAUGUGGGACUCUACUCUGUACGCUUCGGGACAAGGGCAGUCAGGGGUUUGUUUACUUGACCAGCGGACAAGGAGUGGCUAGCCGAAACCACGGUUGAUUUGCAAUGGCGUUAUGUUUUCAUAAAUCGGGGUUGGUUCAGGAAAUGGGACGGCAGACGAGGGAGAGGGUGGACUGCGCACAUCUACUAAGCAUCUGUAUAGUAUCAAAAAGGAGCCCGAGGGGGAUAUAGGGAAGUCUUGUAAGAAUAGAGCCAAUCGAACAAAUCUCUUUAUUAACAUAAGGUAGGUACAAUUAGGUUUUUUCUCUCCCUUGUAUUUCUUUUUCCAAACACGCUUCUCUUUUCCUUCUGUCCCCCGUAUGAACAAACUUACUUCCGUUU